GAUGUGGGAUGGGAUGUUCUUGCUAGCCACACCACAGACGUGCAUUGGUGCUCUGAAUGAGGAAGUACGGAAAGGAGGGUGUAUUACAAGUAGCUAGAUCCGUGUGGGAUAGUAUCACUUCAAGACGGAACCCAUCAGCAACCAUGGCACAGGCAGAUAUUGCUUUGAUUGGCCUGGCCGUAAUGGGUCAGAAUCUGAUUCUGAAUAUGAAUGACCAUGGUUUUGUGGUCUGUGCAUACAACAGGACGGUGUCCAAGGUACACGACUUCUUACAGAAUGAGGCCAAAGGUACCAAGGUUAUUGGUGCCGAGUCCCUGGAGGACAUGGUGUCAAAACUGAAGACCCCACGCCGCAUUGUCCUUCUGGUCAAGGCAGGCCAGGCUGUUGAUGAUUUCAUUGACAAACUGGUUCCUCUUCUGGAGGCUGGCGAUAUCAUCAUCGAUGGGGGGAACUCUGAAUACAGAGACACAACACGCCGUUGUCGGAGCCUCAAAGAGAAGAACCUGCUGUUUGUGGGCAGUGGAGUGAGUGGAGGGGAGGAGGGCGCUCGUUAUGGACCAUCGCUGAUGCCAGGCGGCCACAAAGAGGCUUGGCCUCACAUAAAAGAUAUCUUCCAGAGCAUUGCUGCCAAAGUGGGAACAGGUGAACCUUGUUGUGACUGGGUGGGAGAUGAGGGAGCAGGGCAUUUUGUUAAGAUGGUCCACAAUGGCAUUGAGUAUGGAGACAUGCAGCUUAUUUGUGAAGCCUACCACCUCAUGAAGGACGUUCUGGGUAUGGACCAUGACGAGAUGGCACAGGUCUUUGAUGACUGGAACAAGACAGAGCUGGACUCCUUCCUCAUCGAGAUCACGGCCAACAUCUUCAAGUACAAGGAUGCCGACGGAACCCACCUGCUGCCCAAAAUCCGCGACAGCGCCGGGCAGAAGGGCACAGGGAAGUGGACCGCCAUCUCAGCACUGGAGUACGGCACCCCCGUCACCCUCAUAGGAGAAGCUGUCUUCGCCAGAUGUCUGUCCUCUCUGAAGGAUGAGCGAGUGGUGGCCAGCAAGAGCCUCUCAGGGCCCCCUGCGUCCACAUUCAGUGGGAACAAAGCACAGUUCCUGGAGGACAUCAGGAAGGCCCUUUACGCCUCCAAGAUCAUCUCGUACGCUCAGGGCUUCAUGCUCCUCCGGCAGGCGGCCAAAGAGUUUGGCUGGUCCCUGAACUACGGUGCCAUCGCCCUAAUGUGGCGAGGGGGCUGCAUCAUCCGCAGUGUGUUCCUGGGUAAAAUCAAAGAGGCCUUUGACCGGGACUCGGAGUUGCAGAAUUUGCUUCUGGACACCUUCUUCAGUAAUGCGGUGCAGGAGUGCCAGGAGUCCUGGCGUCGCGCUGUAAGCACCGGAGUGCAGCGGGGAAUCCCCAUGCCCUGUUUCACCACAGCCCUGUCUUUCUAUGAUGGAUACAGACACGACAUGCUUCCAGCCAACCUCUUGCAGGCUCAGAGGGACUACUUUGGUGCCCACACCUACGAGCUGUUGUCCAACCCUGGGACCUACAUUCACACCAACUGGACAGGCCACGGAGGAACCGUCUCCUCAUCAUCUUACAACGCCUAAAGGGGCCAAGAGUACUUAAACGGAGAAAGGAGUCAAAGAAAAAAAUACAGCUUCCACUGAGGAUCAGAGAGAUGGCGCUAGGAAUCUGACAUUCCUACUCUUAAGGAACAUGCUUCCAAUGAGAAUUCCACCAUUUUAUCCUUAUCUGAUUGACAUUUCUUAAGGUGUGUUGAUAUUGAUUCAGAAAUCUAUUUAUGACCGAGUGGACAAAAUCAUAGUAUGUACACGUGUGCAAUGUAAACAUUCCCCCUAACUCCUCAGUAGUGUAGCCAGACAUAGAUAGCUUUUGUAGGCCCUCCGUCACUGGAAAAACAUGUGUUGGAAGUUCAGGGGGGUUUAUUUGUGUGUUUGUGUGUGUGUUUGGGGGGCAUUAAAGUGGACACACACACACACAUACACAUAAAUACGCACACACAUUUGUAUCUGCUGACAGUCUAUGUUGCUCCAAUCAUGUUUGCCCCAGAGUUCACAACGUUAACCCUGGAUUACGGUUAACCAUUGCACUGUAUUAGGCUAAAUAAAGACUUAAAUCCCUUCUAA